AUGAUUGACCGUAUCUUAAAAGCGGGUAGAGAUGAAGAUUGGAUUUUGGCAACAAAAUUACUCUAUGAACAUUGGACAGAAAAUUGUCCUAAAGUUUUUGUUGAAAAAACUGAAAAUCCAUGGUUAUCUAAUAUAAAUGAAGCUAGAGUUUAUGAUGAAUUAAUUAGGCCAAUAGCCUCAUUGUAUAUAGGAGAAGAAAUAAAACCAGCUGAUUUUGAAGAUGAUGAGGAUCGUGGAUGUUCUUUACAACGUCUUGCUAAUGAGUAUGGUUGUAGUGUUGAGAAUGAUGGUAAAGGACAAAUUUGUGGAAAACGUUUUGAAAAUGGUGAAUUAACAUACCAUUGUAAAGAUUGUGAAGCUGAUGGUACGUGUGUUUUAUGUAAAGAAUGUUUUGAAAGAUCUGAACACCGUAAUCAUAAUCAUAAAGUUACUGUUUCUAUUGGAGGAGGUUAUUGUGAUUGUGGUGAUCCAGAAGCAUGGAAAAAUGACUUUGCCUGUGAUGACCAUAAACCAAUUGAAACAGAAGAUGGUAUGGAAACACAAUCACUUAUAAUUCAGAUACCGCCGCAAAUAGAAUCACGUCUUAAACAGCUUACACUUAGUGUUAUUUUAUAUUCAAUAUCUGUAUUAGUAUCUGAUGGUGAUGAAAAAUUAUCUAAUCUUUUAAAUUUAUCUAGUAAAUCUAAAGUACAGAAUAACUUUCAAGCUAUAUUAUACAAUGAUGAGACACAUACUUAUGAUGCUGUUAUAAAGGCUUUAGUUAAUGCUAUAAAUGUUUCUGAUGAAACAGCUUGUAAGAUAGCAACAAUAAUUGAUAAGGAAGGCCGUGCAGCUGUCAAAAUUGGGGCAAAAAGUGAUUGUGAAAAAGUUAGGCAAAUAAUAACAAAAAAGACUAGUAGAGAAAAUCCAACAAAUAAAAGCAAAAAAGAAGGGCCAUUAGAAGUUAAAGUUCUUAGUUCAGUGACUGUAGCUGUUCAAGAUUUUGCCUUCUUUUUAUUGAAAUGGUUAAAUAAACAAAUGACAAUUUUUACACCACUUCAAAGUAUUGUUGCAGAUAUUUGUCUAAAUAGAUAUUGUAAUCCUGAUAGUACUAUUGAUAAUUUAUGUUCAGCACCAACAAUAACUAAAGAGAUAAAUGAUAAAUCUGAUGAUGACGAUGAUGUACAAGCAAUGGAUGUUGGUACUGAAAAAGUUGAAAGUUUAAGAAUAAUUGAUUCUAUUACUGAUGAUGUUCAAACAUUUUUUGAUACUUUAACAAAACCACGUGAACAAAUACCUAAAUCUGAUGCAGAAUUAGCUCGUGAAAGAUGUAGUGGAAGAAAAAAAGAUAAUGGUGAUAUAAUUAUAGCACUUAUGAUAAAGGCUAAUAUUAAAUGGUGGAAAUCUGUACGCCUUACAACACAAUCUUUUAUUAUGACGGCACUGGUACGGCGUCUUGACUACAAAAUCCAAUUUUCAAGAUUAUUUAUAGCACAUUACAAAAAGUUACUGAAAGAUUAUUGUUUAGAUGAUCAUCAUCAGUCAGCAUCUGUCUUAUCUUUAACUGUUCAAUAUUUCACUGUACCAACUGUUGCUAAAGCAAUUAUAGCUGGUGAUAAUGCUUUUGGUGUAUGUAUGCAAACAAUUAUAAAGUUAAUGAAUUCUUAUCUAAAAAAAGCUAAAUAUAAUCAGGCAUUAGAUGUAUAUGAUUUUCAAGAUGGUGCUUAUGGAAAACAUCCUUUUUAUGUUAAAAGAUUAUCAACUAUUCUUGUUGAUGUACAAUAUUUAUUACAAUCUGUUCCUUCUCAGGAUGAAUGGACAUCUGAAUUAAGGGCGGGUUUUCUUCAUGGUGUUGAUGAUUUACUUCGAUUUCUUGGAUAUAUUCAAGAUAUGAAUCAGACAGUUAAACACUAUGGUGAACAUCAAGUAUGGGAAAUGGAAUGGGAAACAGCAUUUUAUCUUCAAUUGUUUCUUCAAAAUGUUAUUCCACUUGUUGUUGAUUGGGCAAUAUCUGAUUUUGAAGUUUACAAAGAAGUUUUCAAAAGAGUAUAUGAUAAAAUAAAGGAUUUAAUUAGUAAACAUCCAGAAAUGUCAGCUUCAAAAAAAGAAAUUACAAUAAAUGGAAUUACUGCAUCUUGUAUUGAUUUCAAUAUUAACUGGAGACCAAUAUCAAUUCAUCAACCUAUAUGGAGAAUAUUUGCUGCACUUUUUACAGCUAAUAAUAAAACAUUUUUAAAAGAUAUUACAACAAAUGCUUCUGGUAUUAGACUUGAAUGGGAACCAACACCAUAUCGUAUGCAUUUAGAUUUAGCCAUUAUGUCUGAACCAGCAUUAAGAUGUAUUGUAUUUUAUAAUCAGGUAACAUUAGGAAUGUGGAGAAAAAAUGGUUUUGGUGUUGUUAAUCAAUGCCAUAAUUACAAUUCAGCUAAUUGUCGUGGUGAAAUGUUUGAUAGAGAUAUAAUUUUACUUCAAGCAACAGCUGCUCUAACUGAUUCUGAUCAAUUUCUUAUUAGAAUAAUUCAUAGAUAUGGUCUUAACAAUUGGGCUAAUUUAGAUUUUGAUUAUGAUUUAUUAAAAGCUAACCAUGAAGCUUCUUUAGCUAAUGAUGCUGCUACCAAUAAUAGUAAUAAUGAAGAUGCAAUUACACGUAUACCCAAUAAUAGGACAAGAUUUUUAAGAACAACUAUUGUUGGUACAGAUUUUAGAAUGGAUACUGUAUUUGGUCAUAAUAAUCAAACACCACCUAAUCAAUCUCCAUUAUUGGAAGAUUCAUCAAAACAUUUAACUGGUCUUGCUGAAGAAAUGUUAAAUUUAGUAAUUUAUCUUGUUUGUGAACGAUAUGUAAAAGGAGUCGGAAAGGUAACUUUACAAGAUAUUUUGGAAAGAGAGAUAAUUCAUAUGUUAUCAAUAACUUCUUUACCAUAUUCAAGAAUUGAAAAAAUUACUAAUUGGGGAGAUUUUACAGAGGAGUUACUUCAAAGUUGUUUACAAAAUGUUGCUACAUAUUCACAUCCAGAAAAAUCUGUUCCAGGAAUAUUUACUUUGAAAGAGGAAAUUAAACCAUAUUUUUCACAAUAUUUUUAUCAUUACAAUAAAACAGAAUCUUCCAGAGCAGAACAAACACAAAAGGAAAGUAGAAGAAAUUUAGAUCUUGAAUUGAGAUGUUGUCCACCUCAUGAAUUACCUGAAUUUGAUGAUUUUUAUAAAAAUGUACCAAAUAUUCUUAAAUGUACAAUUUUUGUUUGCCUUCAGAAAGCUAUUUUAGAAAGAUUUAUACGUAAAAGUCGUUUUAGUUCUGAAGGUUUAGUUAAUCGUGUAUGUUAUACUAUAUGUCUAGCAUUAAAUGAACAAAGAAGGCAUAAUAAACCUGAUACAUAUGAUUAUAUAAGUAUUGGAGAAAAUUAUGGAAUAUUAAAAUUAUUAGAAGGAACUUUAACAGCAUCACCAUCAUCAAAUUGUUGUGAUAUGAUAACAUAUACCAUACAAAAAUAUGAAGAAGUUCUUGCAUGGUGUUCUGGUAAAGAAAUUGUUAAAGAAAAGAUUAGUGAAACUAAAGAUUUACAGGAUGAAAUUGAUAAAGCAAACAAAAGAGCUGAAAAAGCUAAAAGACUUAGGGAACAGGCAAUGAAAAAAAUGAUGAAUAAGGCUUCUAAUUUUAUGAAAAAUUCUACAAUGAAUGAAAGUCCUAAAGAAGGUAUAACAGCAACUACAUCUCAAUCACCAAGACUUUUAUCUGUAAUGGAUGAUGAUGAAGAGACAGGAGAAAUAGUAAAUGACAAAGGAUUCCCAGUUUGUUUAGGAGCUCAUAAAUCAGAAAUAUUACCUAUUGAAAAAAAACAAAGUCUUUGUAUUUUAUGUCAAGAUACAGGAGAUUUGAAAUUUGGAAAAACUGGUUUUGUAUGUUGUGCAUUUGCUUAUAAAAGUUAUCUUUUUACUCAAAAAGAUUACAUUAACUCAAAAAGUAAUAAUAAUUUAGAUGUAUUUGUUGAUGCUUAUGUACCAGAAUCUUUAGCUAUUAUGACAUGUGGACAUACAAUACAUUAUCAAUGUUUCAAAAAUUUCCAAGAAGCAUAUAAAUCAAGGAAUAAUUCAAGAACAACAAAUACUCAUAAUACCAGGAUCAUUGAUAUUGAUGGUGGAGAAUAUUUAUGUCCUUUGUGUAAAAGAAUAAGUAACUGUGCUAUACCAUAUAUUCCUCAUCAAGAUUUUAGUGGUAUUACCAAAUUAUCAUUACAUACUUUAUCAACUAAAGAUGAAGAUUUUAGUACAUGGUUACUUAAAUAUAGAACAGCUGUUAAAGGACCUUCAAAAAAAAUUCGACCUACUGAUGAUAAACAACCAUAUAAAGGACAUUCAAGAAAAAGAUCCCACUCUGAGAGAAGUUUAUUAGAUUUAGCUAAACAAGGUGAUAAACCAUUUAUUGAUAAUAAUCUUUCAUCAACACCAGCACCUAAAUUUGUUUCUGAAGCUUCUUUAUCAAUAAAUGCAGAUGUUGGUGAUUCAGCAACAAAUACACCAAAUAGUGAAGCUUUUCGUUCAUCAACAAAUAUUGGUUCCAUUGAUUCAUCAUUUUUUGAUACAGUAUCACCAAAAAAUCUUCUCUCAAAUUUUAAACAUAUGAAAAAGAAGGCAUACCUUUAUAAAAGUAGAAAAGAUUCUAUACCAAGGAUAAUGAGAGAUACAGAUAUGAUAUACAAUUUUAUUAAUGAAAUGGCUGAAUUUAGGAAAGAAUCAUUUACAUCUAAAGAUCAAAAUCAAAAAUAUUUAAAAGUUUGUAAUAUAUGGCAUACAUGUGUCUUUAUUUUAAGGCAGGUAGCUGGUAUUUUGGAAGAAGAAAAUAAACCUUUGUUUGGUGCAUUAAAUUUUAGGCAAAGAGAAUCCUUGAAAUGUUUGACUAGAAUGGCAACAGCAAGUUCCAAUUUUAUUUCAAGUAUUAAUAGUAGAAGUUUAACUACAAUUCUUCUUCAACCAUUAUUAUAUCCAUUAAAUGCUAAUGAUGGAGGUAAAAGUAGCAAAGAAGACAAGACAACAUCACCAUUUCCUGUUUUGUCUAAAUUUCAUGUAUCUUUAAUGCAACGAGCUAACUCUAUAUCAUCAGAAGAUAGUAAUAAUCAAAGGAAUCGUGAAGUUAAAUCUCCUGAACAUGAUAUGGGACAAGAAACAUUAUCAACAAAAGUUGCUAAUAGAAUUAAGAAACAAGAUAGUAUAUUAAAUAUAGAUUGUCUUACAUUGGCAUUUGAUCUUAUUAUGGUAAUUGGACAUACAUCAAUUAAUGGAGAAGUUUAUCUUCAUGAUAGAUAUAAUGAAGCUUCUUUUAAUUUAGUUGUUGAUGGUAGUCAAGAUGAAUUAAAUGUUAUUCAAUUAGUUUUGUAUGCUCAUAUUUUCCAGAUAUUAGCUACAUUUGAAAAUAAUGAAAGUGAUGAUAUAGAUAUGCCUAUACAAGAUGAAACAUAUUUUAAAAUAAUGGAUAUUGUUAAUGCUAUAGGAAAAGAUGAUAAACAAUUUGUUAAAAAUAUUGAAAGAAAUUUUUCAAAAGUUAAAGAAAAUAUUAUCAAAGGAAUUUUAGGAUAUCUUAGGCCUUUAGCAAUAUUUUAUCGUACAUUAACAUUAAUACCACCACCAGAAGUUUUAAAAGAUCCUGGUUUUGAUCAAUUAUCACCAUUAUUAAGAUAUAUGGGUUUACCAUCAUCACUUGAAGAAUUAUUUUCUGUUGAAGAUAUAUUACCUCUUUAUGAAAUGUGGGGAAAACAAUUACCAAAUAAAACAAAUGGAUUAAAUAAUCAAAUUUAUGUUAAACAACCAAUAACAAUAAAUAAAUUAAUAGAUUUACCAAAAAAUUUCAUUGAAAUUAUUGUUGAAGCUUCUAAAUUUAGGUGUCCUUCAUCAUUAAGAAUUGAUAAUGUCUCUUCGAAUCCUUCAUUAUGCCUUGUUUGUGGAAAAAUUCUUUGUACACAAUCAAUUUGUUGUCAAACAAAGAUAAACAAAAAUGAAGAGAUAGGUGCUGGUAAUUUACAUAUGCAAACAUGUACUGGUCAGAAUGGCCUUUUCCUUCGAAUGAGAGAAUGUAUAAUUGAAGCUGUGACAACAAAAAAUCGUGGAGCUCAUUAUAGUGGACCGUAUGUUGAUAAGUAUGGUGAACAGGAUGGUGGCAAUAAACGUGGUAACAUGUUAUUUUUCAGUGAACAUUUAUAUUCUAAAUUUAAAAAAGCAUGGCUUCAUCAGGAUGUUGUUGAAAUGAUUAUAAAUGAAAAUGAAGUUAAUCAUAGGUUGUCUAUUUACGAAUGGCGACAAUUUUAA